UAAAAGAUAUUGAAACUUCGGAAAGAAGAAAAGCAGGAAAGAAGUGGGUCUGCCGUUUAAUCUGGGGAGAGCGAAAACAGCAGCAGUCGGAGCAGGCAUGGACGAAGUUGAAUUCCGACGCCUUCUUGAUCUCUUCCCCGUCGUCCGAUCUCGUGAUUACCAUGUGGAAUUAGAAGCAUCAAGAGAAUCAACCUCUAGGUCAUCACAGAGUGAGGUGAUAAAGGAAUGGCAAGAUGCAUGGGAUGAGGGGAAUAAAAAGGAAGUGGAAAAUCAAGGAAUUAGCCAACAAGAUGCAUUUUGGGGGAAGCUAAAGUUGGCUGCUGAAAGGAAGGUGGGGGCAGCAGACGCAGAGAGGUUUUGCAAGGCAUUUCAACAAAUUCAUAAGAAACUUGUGCAGGAAGAACUAAGUUUUGAUGCUGCUCAGAACUUUAUAAACUCCACGAAAAGUUCUGAAGAAUAGUUUCAUGGAUGAUUUGCAUGCUUGCUUCGUUUUCUUGUCUUUUAAGGAGUACAUGAGAAUUUCAGUUUGGAAGAGACAUGCAAUCUUAGAAGUGUUUGGAUUAAAUUAUUGGGUGUAACACAAUUAAAACAAAACUAUUUUGACAAAAUGAAUUCUACAGAAUAGAUGUCAUGUGAAUUAA